AUGCGAAACGACUAUGCAGAUUUAAAGAAAGAAGCAGAAAAACCAGCAGAAGAUAAAAUGAACAUGUUAGAAUUUCUGAACAAAAACUAUCCAACUGCUGACGAUUUCCUUCUAUCUGACGUCAAGAAGAAGUAUAAAGAAACUUUCGGUAUCGUUAAAACUUUUGACAUACUGACAGAAGAAAUAGAAGCUACGAAAUUGUUUAGAGUCAUGAACCAUCGCAACAUAUACCAUGUAAAACGCUUGUAA